UAAAGCUGAUCCUUUAUCGUAUGCUUCACGUGCAUAUAGAGAUUAUUUAAUCGGACAUUGUUUACGUAUUUUAACCGGUACUGUUGGAGAUGCUCAUUUAUCUUCAAUAUUAGAAUAUGGACAAACUAUUAUGGCUUCUGCUGGAAUAGAUGCUGGACUUUUAUGUACUGACAAAGUUACAGUUACACAUUGCGAAGAUGAAAUUGGAUUAUGGUGGGGAGCAGUUAUAUAUGUAGCAGCAUGUUGGAGAUUGAAAGAAGACGAUUCACAAGCAUGGAGCAUUGUUGAAAGCAAAUUUCCUUAUGAAAAAUGUUAUCAACUUUGCAAUAAUAAUAAUAGUAUUAGUCCACUACCAUAUAUUGUUUUAAAUGCUUUGCAAGCAGCAAAAGCGACUACUAAAUCAGUCUCUAUGCGUUUUAUUGAUCAGGCAGGAAUAUUGCUUGAACAAUGUUUGGUUUAUUAUAAUUGCAAGCAACAGUCAUCCCAAAACGUUUUGGUAAGAUAUUUAAAUAUUAUGUUUAUAAUAUAUUAAUAUAUUCAAUUCUUUUAUACAAAAAUUAUUAUAAUUACUUAUAUCUUUUUGCAAUGCUUUUAUUUUACACAGAUAAUAAAAUUAGAAAUUAUGAAGUAAUAAAUUAUAUAACAUAUGAUUCGAAUACGGAAAUAAAAUAUUUAAUUUUUUUUA